CCGCCGGGGCGCGCGGGGGCGGCCGUGGCGGUUGGGGGCGGCGGGUCUCGCGGGCCCUGCUGUGGGCCGGAGCUUCGUGCCUGCGGCGCGGUGGAGCCCGGUGGCAUACGCGCCUUGCGCGUCCCCGUGGUUAUGCGCAGGAGAAAUGUUCUUUAGGUGGAUUAGUUUUGCAGUGUAGUUCACUAUGGGCUCUGCAAGCACCUGCACCACCAUUAAAUUGUAAGAAGGAGUUGGAGAAAGACAAGAUUGUGUCUUCUGGCAGCAGUGUUCAGCCAUUCAGAGCCUCCAGUAAAAAGAAAGAACUGAAGAGAAUACAAACUAUGAAAGUAUUGGUUAUCGGCCUUGGAGGGGUAACGAAUGGGGGGAAAACAACACUGGCAGAGAAGCUUAAGAAAAUUCUUCCCAACUGUGAUAUAAUCUGUCAGGAUGACUUCUUUAAGCCGGAAUCUGAAGUAGAGACAGAUCAACGUGGAUUUAAGCUGUAUGAUGUACUUGAUGCCCUCUAUAUGGAUGAAAUGGUGAAAAGUAUUCGCAGUUGGAUGAACAGCCCAGCAAGCUCACAUGUCUUAACUGAAGAAUCACAGACUACAUAUAUCAAUCCAAGAACAGAAGACGUUUAUAUUUUGAUUGUGGAAGGCUUUCUUUUGUAUAAUUACGAGCCGCUUAAUGAACUGUGGGAUAGAAGAUACUUUCUGACCCUUCCUUAUGAAGAGUGUAAAAGGAGGAGGAGCACCAGAGUCUAUCAGCCAGCAGAUACACCGGGGUACUUCGAUGGACACGUGUGGCCUAUGUAUCUGAAAUAUAAAAAUGAAUUGGAAGAAAAUGCAAGUAAUAUUGUUUAUUUGGAUGGAACAAAACCGCAGGAGGAGCUUUUAUCCUGUGUGUACAAUGAUAUAAUACAGGAAUUAAAAAAGCAAAGGGAAGGAAAUAAGCAAGUUACAGCAUAGUAACACAGGACGUUGGAUUCUCUGAUGUGGACUGGAAACCGAACACUGUAGUACUUGGCAGGGCAACUGAGCAGAUGUUACAUGUAUGUUCAUAAUACUAGUUUGUACAACGCAAGUGGAUUUGUAGUGACUAUUAACUCUGUAAGCCUGGCCUACUGAGUAGUAUUAACAGUGAAAUAUGUUUUGGAAUUCCUUCUAACAGUAAUUCUUUAGCCAAAUGCCGAUCUUAAACUUAAGCAUGUAAUCAGAUUUAAAGAAUAUAAACGAAUAUUUUUUAUAUAGGAAAAAUAAAAUAUAAAGAUGCAUUUCUGUUGAUUAAUAAAAAUAUGGAAGAUAGAUGUAUGCAAUUUCAAAUAUAGUAUUUGGGAAUUACAGAGUGAUUAUAAGCUAGUAAAAAUAUGGGAGGAGGUCAUUGAUAAACAUGUAUAGAGGAACUGGCUAUAUGCUGUUGUUAAAAAGGCAACAGUAAUUUUAAGACUGUAUAGUUAAGAACUGUUAGCCUAUUCAGUAACUGAAGCUAUUACUGAUAUAAGUGAACUUAUUUAGACUUGUUAAAUACAUACAUAAUGCUUCUCAAGUAAUUUAUAUAUUGCACAUUAUUUGGAGCAGUUGGGGGCGGAUAUAAAAAAAUUGAAGAGAAAUCAGGUUGUUGGAAAAGAUGGGUAAAUGAGAUGUCAGAGAGAAUACAGAUGCAUCGCUGAUAAGGUUAAGUGAUGUAUCAUGGAAAGAUUGAGAAUUGAGCUGGCAUAAAGUACUAGAUAAGUGCAUGCUUUAGGAAUUGGUAUUAAGGAAAAAUAUUCUUAAUAUAAUUUCAACAUGAGUUUUGAAAAUUAAUGAAUAUUUAAAAAGCAGGUAUUCUAAAUGUAUGUUAAAACUUUCUUAGAUAGUUUGUGUAUAUAUUUAGAUAAACUAAGUAGAAUCAGCUUCAGUUGUUGAAUAAAAAGUGCAUCAGCUCUUUUUCCUCUUACAUUUUUACCAACCAGAUAAACAAGACUUAUAAAAGUGAACUACAUACAUUAAAAGAAAAUGGUAAACUAUAAAUUAAGCUUUGGCUGAACUGAUCAUGAUGAUUGAAAUGUAAUAGUUUAUUAUCAAGCAAUAGGAGUCCUAAAACUAUAAAAAGAAAAAAAUCUGAAACAGAUCAGAGCUGUGUAAAACUAUGUGUAAGACUUAAGUACUUCCAGAUGCUAAUUUGUAUAUUUUGCAAUAAAAAAUACUUGAAGUUGCAUUUGCUCAAA